AACGACACCGCUCAAAGAACGAGGGACACUUUUUGAAUCUGCUGGAUCUAUCUUAGAACAAACUGGAGCUCUGUGGUUGAUGAUUUGACUUUUUCUAGGCUUAAAAACUUAAUCUUAAAAAAAUCUUUCACAGCUGCUUUGGCCUUUGUCCUGUUAAAGGGCCUGUGACAUUGACCGUGAGCGCUGAGGCAAGGAAAUGGAGACGAGCCGGUGGUGCAUGGACUGAAUUUACUGUCCUGUCCUCUAUUUUUCCAUUGUGCAGAGGUUGCUGGAAUUCUUCAGCGGGCUUGUCUUACCUUAUAUGGAGGACUUAAGCGCCAUUCUGAGUGUGUGAUUGAACCAGUGUGAGAUUCUUUUUAGUUUUAGCAAAUAACACGGCACAGACAGUAUGUAAACAGUUAAAAUGAGCUUAACUCAGAUCCAAAGGAAGUGAGAUGACCUCUCUCAGGCAAUAUUUUAUGAUAAUCUUAGAGUGGAUAAGCUUGUGGUUGAAGCAUGGUCUUGGAAAGCUUUUGAAUGCUUGUCCAAUUGUCAACAACUGGAGAGCAUCCCCUGGCAUCGCAGAUACAGGGUCGUGCCAAGUAGACUCAGACGAGUGGAGAACCAAUGAGGCACUCCGCACAUAUCACCUUGGAGAUGGAGAUGAAACCAAGGUUACAGUUCAAACCAGCACACAUGCCUUUCAUGUGGACCUCCAAAGACUUGCGGAGUGCAGCAAAUACUUCCGAGCUCUGUCCCAGUCCAGAAUGAGAGAGACCUCAGAGAGCCUCAUCCACCUGGACCACGUGUCCUCUUCCGUCUUCUACAAUCUCCUUGAGUUCUCCUUCUAUAACAAUUUUAAAGUCCAUCAGGAAGAUUUGGGAACACACAUCCAGGUAAGCAGCUAUCUCGUAGCUGAGGCCUUCCUCUCAAAGUGCCUGUCAGUCCUGGCAGAUGUUCUCAGCUCAUCCAACUGCCUGUCAUACCUGAGUCUCGCUCAGGAGAUUUUCUGUGAGGAGAUGAAGUUGACAGUAUUCACUUACCUGAGUCGAAACAUGCUGGAGCUGCCACAUGUCAUCAGAUGUCUGAGUGACGAGGAAAAGGAAGAAGUUGUCCACUUGAGGAUACAAGGAGACAGGCGACUCUGCAGCCUCAGGAAAGAGAACCUGAGUUCUUGGAACGACCCAGAAACAGAAUGUGCCCGGCACAUGUUCACCCUGAAAGGGUCAGAGGACAGCGGAGAUUGGCAUCCAGUCACAGAGCUUCCUUUCAGGGCUGAUAAGUGGUGUUUUACGACAGUGGUGCUUUAUAACUAUCUGUAUGUCAUAGGAGGCUACAGGCAGCGUAUGAGGAGAGGCUGGGAGUUCACUAUGGCCUCCUUUAGAUAUAAUCCCUUCACUCAUACGUGGGUCGCCACAUCACGUCUGAUAAAGCACAGAAGGCACUUUAGUGCGGUGGCCUGUGAAGGCUGUAUUUAUGCUGUGGGAGGCUGGUACUUGGACUCUCUGGUGACUCCGGAUUCCAGCACAGCUCUCUAUACAGCUGUAGAGCGCUAUGAUCCAUGGGAGGACACAUGGAGGUUUGUGUCCUCACUGCCCCUCACUGACUUCCAGUUCACCAUGUCUUUGUCCCAUGACGUGCCCCUUGCUACCAGCCUUGGACACUGCGUCUAUGUGUUGGGGAGCAUCCAGAGGACUGGAGAGAAGCUGUUGUUGCAGUACAACACAAAGCAAGAUUCUUGGUGUGAACUGCUUCCCACACUUACCAGAGCUGAUGUGGACCUCCCCACUCUUUACUUCCUGGGGGCCACCGACAGGCUGCUUGUGAUUGGUGGGAACAACUCAGAGAAUGUGGUGACAUCAUUCUGUGUGGACUCGCAGAAGUGGGGACAGGUUUACAGGGCUGAGAAAGUGGCAUUUGCGGGGCAGGGGACGGUUGUUGGUGACCAGGUCCUGAUGCCAAGUAUAGAGCACAACACUGUUGCAAGGAUGGAUCUCCAAACUCUCUCCAUCAGAGCUCUUCCUCCUUUACCCAUCUCCACCCGCUAUGAAGCUACCUUUUAUCUUCACUUCUGAUGCUAUAGUUAGCACAGAUUUUCCUCUUGUUUUUGUGCCUGAACGUGAUGGCACUUUUUACAGCCCUUCUGAGACAUAAGGUGAUAAAUUCCAUAAGUGGAUUAUCCCGACCUCUUGUGCUUAAAAUCUCUGUCCUUAGCUUAAAGUUUACAUCUGAGGGCAGGAUAUUUUUAGACUUGUGAUGAAAGCAAGGAGUAACUCUUGGAGAAAAACAAGAAAGCUUCAUUCUUAAUGCGUUUUAAUUAUGAAUCUUUUUGUAAUUUUAAAACCCAGUAAAGAAAAAAGAUAGAAAACGGACUCGGUUCUACGUGUAGACAAGUACAUUCUGUAUAUAAUGUCUAAUGUUCAUCUUUAUGUGUGAGAUUUAACAUCUCAGUGGACUCUCUGUUGUUAAUAAAGGUUGUUUAUGAACAAUAAAUGUACAUGAUGUAUCCUGACCCAGUCCAAA